AUGGCCGGUGCUAAGCCCCUCCCACAGACUACACAAGCCGCUUCGACGAAUCCCGCCGCCGAGCGCAUCCGCGAGAAUCAGCGCCGCUCUCGCGCCCGCCGCAAGGAAUUUGUCGAAGGCAUGCAGCGUCGCCUCGAUGAGUACGAGAAGCAGGGCGUCGAGGCCACCCUGCAGAUGCAGCAGGCCGCUCGCACCGUCGCGAUUGAGAACUCGCGCCUGCGCCUGCUGCUCGCCCGCCGUGGCGUCACCAACGCCGAGGUCGACAAGUUCCUCGCCAUGUUCGAGACGGGCAUUGCCCGCGACGACGAGGUUCUGCAUGGCUUUCCUCCGCCUCCCGGUCCGGCCUACGCUACGCCCGCGACAAAGCCUGCACCUCACACCACGACGAGCAGCACAUAUCCACACCAUAGUCAGUACCACAGCGACAGCGGAAUCGACCGUUUAGCUGUCCUAGCAGACGCCAGUAUCAGCGACCACUGCUGCGGCAGCAGCGGCUCGACUUCGGCCACAACACCCAGCGAGUCGACGGUGGCUGCGCAGAGUCCGCCCAGCACAGGACCGAGCACCAUGCCCGGCACGCCCAUCUCGGGACUGCACGGCCAGUACGGCAGCCAUCACCACCACCACGUUACGCCUCAAACACAACCGCAAUCUGCCUCACCUCUUGUCAUGUCCUGCAACACGGCUGCGCAAAUCAUUGCCGAGAUGCAAGGCGGCGCGCCCGUCAACAAGCACGCUGUCAAGGCCAGCCUGGGGUGCGAGGACGCGGAAUGUGAAUGCUUUGUCAAGAACACGUUGCUUUUUCAAAUAAUGGAAAAGAAUACAUCAUAG